AGAGAGACACCCAUAACGCCUGGAGCAAUAGCAGAGGAGGGAGAGAGCGGAGGAAGAGAGAGAUGAAGACAGUCUAACUUCAAGCAGAGAAGAGGAGAGAAGGACAAUAGGAGCCUCCCCAUUCUCACAAGGCCUUCAGGUGAGACCUGGGUCUGUUCUGGGCAAUGGUGCCUCUUCUGUGAAAUCCUGCAUGUGCGUUUACCUGGGAGCAAGCUGAACACAGUGGGACUGGCUCCCAAGCAAGCACGCCAGGCAUUUUUGCAGAGCAGUCCUGUGUCUACUUGCUAGGUAGCAAGUACCAUCCAGCAGAGAAAUGUUCGGUUUUUUCUCCUGAGCAAAGACGCUCAGCAUCACACGGUGUGAGCCUGGGGGGCAGGACUGUAGCAUGGCUGAAAUUGGGUGCACUCUUCCCACCUCGGAUCAAAUCUAUGCUUCCAGGUGCCAUAAGAAAGCUGCAGAGAUAGCGGAGGAUAGUGCGCACCCCGGAAACGAUCUCUUUCAGCUUUUGCCUUCUGGAAGAAGGUACAGGGUUAUAAAGACCAGGACUAGCCGCCUGAGAAACAGUUUCUAUCCAAAUGCGAUUUUGGUUUUAAAUGCAGUGUAAGGAGUCACUAUGGGAGUAUAUUGUAUUUAAAAAUGGGGUAUCAGAGUUUUUAGGAUGUUAACCAGGUUAGCUGGGAUAGCAGGCUUGUUGGUUUUUGAAUGUCUGAUGUAGAUUUUUUCCAAUUUCGUUGUUCUGUAUGGGACAAUGACAAUAAAGAUUAUCGUAUCGUAUCGUAUCGAAACAACUUUUAUAUGAGAGGACACAGCUGAAGGAAAGGCAGAGCUUUUGAGAGUUGUUCUUUUUUGGGGGGGUUGUUGUUACCAAUGUGCUUUGUUUGGGGGAGGGGGGGCUGGAGGGGGGAGAGUUUGCUCGGUGUGUUGCUUUUACUUCCUGGUGCCUUUUACGACAGGUGGAAAUAAACGAUGGGGCAAUAGGAGAUCUCUAGGAUAAAAUGCAUUAGCUAAAAAAAUCUGCAAGUGCUGUAAUUCAGCCCAUGGCUCCGGCGUUUGUCUUCCUCAUGCGAUUUACGAUAUUGAAUUAUUGAGUUGAAAAAGCAGGAUUAGAGGUGGAAAGUGGGUUGGCUUUUUUUUUUGUUUGUUUAAGUGUGAAAUUAAAUUGCAGUCGCGGCGGAUGGGAAAACAAGAGGAAAGCAAAAAAAGGGACAAAAAUAGAGAAAGAUACAUCCUUGCCAGGGGUUGGACUAGAUGACCGUGCGGGUGCCUUCCAAUGCUGCUAUUUCUGUGAAUCUGCUAUCGCAUGCCUAGAGACUCCCCACAAAUGUGGGAAGAUUUAGGUGACCUGCGAACCUCUGAGUGUUUUUUUUUUUUUAAUAUUGUGGGUGCGCAUAAGUUAAACCAUGGAGGAGUUUUCCUUAGCAGGAGGGAAAUGGUAUAAAGUUGUGAAGUUUUCCUCCGCAGCUUGAGUGCGUUGCCCACAACUUUUGUGCCCUGAGAGAGGUGGCUUGUGGGAGAAGACCGGGAUAGUUAUGGGUUACCUUUUGUUGGUUCAGCAUCUUCUCUCAAAGAUGCAACGCUGCACUGGGGAUGUUAGGUACCCCUGAAGCUCCAUGUUACGCAUUUGCCGGUGUGGGCUGCACGAACCCCAAACCCCUCACAUCAUCCCCCCAACAUUACCAAGGGCAGAGGGCUAUGAACCCCAUGGCCUAAGGUGGUGUUGGGGGGGGGUGUCCAUCACCUGCCCCUUUUCAAAAUAAACGGCAGCCAAGCAACACGUGUUUGUUUUGAGGCCUGUAAAUCCUCUCAGAAGCCUUGCGUGCCUCUUAUUUCUCUUCUCCUCUUGCUUUUCUUAUGAUCUGUAAUUCUUGCUUUCUUUCUCUUAACUCUAUCCAUAUUUAUGCUUUGCUUUUCGAAGUUCCCUAUCUCCCUUCUGUGUGUGGAAAAAAGGAUUACGAUAUAAUUACGAUACUAGAGGACUUUGCUUUUCCUUAUUCUUUUUCUACCUCUUCAGUUUCUUCUUCUGCUUCUUCUCGCUUCUUUCCAAAUGAUCUUCUUUAGAUUGGUUUGGUUUUAUUGUAUUUUAGGUUGAAAAGUCUCAGUAAACAUUAUUCUAAAGAGAGAGAGAGAGAGAGAGAGAGAGAGAGAGACGCCUUGCGUGCCUCUCGCUGACAUCAUGCGGAGGUUUGGAAUUCCCACACACGGCUGGGCAUGUGUCUUAUCAUGCCCUGUGCCAGAUAAACCUGCCAUGUGCGGAAAAGCAUUGCUGGGAAUUUUAUGGAAAACUCUUCCUGGAACAGUGAUAUGUAGGGUACUUGCAAAAGGUGCGUAGCAAUCAAUGCAUUCCGUACCCUGUCCUACCCUUGCUGGGCCAGACAGGUCCAGACAUUGUGUUUAGCAUUAUGCGCAUCAUGCUUGAACCUGGCCACUGAAGUAUCCCGCUCCCUAAGCAGAAGAACCGCUUUCAGAAACUGUGUCUUUCCAUUUCAUUCCAGCCUGCCAGGACAGAAGCGAUGCCUCCUUUUUAAAUCUGUUGUUGACCAGAGGUCCAGAGCCUCUGGCAUCUUCUGAUUUGCCCCUGCAAGUUGCAUUAGCCUAACUUCUGUUGUCUAUUCUCCGACAACCUCUGUGUUAGAUUACUGUAGAUCAUUAUACACAUAGCUGUCAACUUUCGGAUUUGAAAAUAAGGGAUCAGCAGCCUCACCUGUCCCAGAGACGGGAUAUCUGACAAUCUGGGAUAGCAGCGGGAAACAGCGGGAAACGGCACUGAAAUAAGGGAAUUUCCCGCAAAAAAAGGGAAGGUUGACAGCUAUAAUUUUACAUGGGGCAGCCUUUGAAGAUGGUUCAGAAUCAGCAGCUGGUGCAGAAUUCAGCAGCUGGAUUGCUGACUGGGGCAAAACAGUCUCAACUUAUAACAAUAACAGCAGCAGCAGCAGCAGCAACAACAACAACGACCUAUAACAUGAAUCCUGGCAUAACAGUAUUGGCUCGUUCUUAUUCUUGUUUUUGUACUUGCUCUGAACGUUUCUGUAAGUUGCUUUGAGUUCGCCUUUCCAAAAAAAAGCACCUCAUAAAUACAAUAAAUAAUGAUACUAAUCUGCAGUCAUGCCUGCCCCCAAGCAGGGUUCAGUGCACAGCCCUUUGCUAUUCCAGGCUAUCAGGCUGGCCCAGCUAUGGGGGGAGAAUAGCGGCCAGCCCGUGGUGGCUUCUGGCUUGUAUGGACGCCAGGCAUACAAAAUGUUUGGAUCUUUUCUUUCGCGGUUGGUGUCCUCUUGAGGCAGGGCCGGCCCAAGUCCAUUUUGCUGGCUGAGGUAGAGGGCAGACUGCCUUUCCCCCUAUGAAGCAACCCGGACCUUGAGACCAUCUUAUGAGGCCUUUCUCUGUGUGAACCCCCUCCAUGAGAGGUCUCGAGGGUGGCAACACGAGAUCAGGGCCUUUUCUGUGGUGGCUCCCUACUUGUGGAAUACUCUCCCCAGGGAGGCUUGCCUGGUGCCCUCAUUACACAUCUUUAGGCCCCAGGCGAAAAUGUUUCUCUUGAACCAGGCCUUUGGCGGAUUAGCGAACUAUGGCCUUUUAAAUGUGUCUGUGGGUUAGGGAGGCAGUUGGUUUGUUUUGGUUUUGCUUCAUUAUGUAUUUUGUGCUUUCAUUUUGUGUUUUUAGGUAGUGAGCCGCCUUGUGAUCUUCAGAUGGAGGGCAGUAUACAGCCCAGUUUGAAAUGAUGUGCUGCAAGGUGCCUUGGAGAUUAUAACGUCAAAAGGCAAGAGUGAAAUAUAAUCCAUUUAUUGAUUGAUUUGAUUGAUUUUAUUUCUGUGCUGUUUGUCAUUCACAAUAAAUAGCAAUAACGUAAUGGAACAUCAUGAGCCCGACACAAAUCGUAUAGAAUUAACAAAUCGCCAGUAAAACAAUUACAGUCUAUAAUGCACUGUGUACAAAACAACUCAGAAAAUAAGCCGAAUUACAAAAGGCAUAUUAUGGGAUUCACACAGUAGUACAGUCUUUAAAAUCUCUAAAACAACAUCAGCAACCAAAAAAAUAAACUUAGCACUGUUGGAUUCACCUACCCACCUCAUGAUUCAUAAUCUUCCACUCAGUUCAGCUCAUUAAAAGACUUAUAUACAUAAUUCCUGUGGCAGCAAUUCCUUCCUGAAGGCUCCUAGUAGGAGGCAGGUGGAAAAAGCCAUUGCCUGAUGGCCAGCACAAAGUCUCCCUCCUCUCACAGUCCUUCCUCUGGAAACAGCUCCCUUAUUGAUCUAAAGUUUGUGCUGCUGCAGUUUCACCUAAUUUGGCAUUUGAAUUGUGUUGCUUAAGAGUUGCAUAGAGGGCUGGGAGGGUGAAAGGUGGACUCCAUCUUAUGCAUGUCUACUCAGAGGUAAGUUCCGCUCAGCUCAGUGGGACAACAUGUGCGCAACAUUGCAGCCUCGUGAAUGUAAAUAAUAAAGGAGAUUCACAUAUGAAUGACUGCAAGGAUGCAAUGUUAGGACAGGAGCUUUUUUCAGUAGGAGUUUCUCUGUGACUGAUGGCACGAAACCAUCCCUUGCCUAUUAUUUUGUCUUGGUGUUCUUCCUGCCAGAAGGGACUCCUAAAAAGAACCGCCUUCUUCUGAUUAUCCUAGACCUUGUUGCCAGUUGUGCUUUGCCCAGGUAUUGCAAAGCUAGUUCGUGAAUUUUCAUGAGGGUGGGUGGGGAUCACAGCUAUUGCAAGACGGAGAGCUGCAAACUCAGCCUUUCAUAUUUUUAACAGUUUGGCAGGUGCUAAGCACCACAGGAGUGCAAAACCAGAUGCCCGCUGUUACUGCCUCUUACGGCUCAGUCUGAGGUGGUAGAAAGACCUCAGCCUCCUCUGGGAAAUCCUUCCAGGUAUCGAUCAGCCUGGAGGGCUCAGUUGCUUAGAGCAGGGGUCGGCAAGGCUUGCCGGACAUGGGCCGGAUCACUCCCAUGGAGAUCCUCCGUGGGCCAGGCCGGCACAGCGUGACACCGGAAAUCACGUCUGCACAUGUUCGUGGCUCCAGAAAUUGCUUCUGUGCAUGCCCAGACGCUGAAAAAUCUCCAGUGUCUGGGCAUAAAGGUAAAGGGACCCCUGACUAUUAGGUCCAGCACUCAUCUCGCUUUAUUGGCCGAGGGAGCUUCCAGGUCGUGUGGCCAGCAUGACUGAGCCGCUUCUGGCGAACCAGAGCAGUGCACGGAAACGCCCUUUACCUUCCCGCCAGAGCGGUACCUAUUUAUCUACUUGCACUUUGACGUGCUUUCGAAGUGCUAGGUUCGCAAGAGCAGGGACCAAGCAACGGGAGCUCACCCCAUUGUUGGGAUUCGAACCACCGACCUUCUGAUCAGCAAGUCCUAGGCUCUGUGGUUUAACCCACAGCGCCAUCCGUGUCCCUUUUUAGUGUCUGGGCAUGCGCAGAAGCAAUUUCCAGUAUCUGGGCAUGCACAGAAGCGAUUUCCAGAGCCACGGAAGAGAGUCCCCGCACCGCGUUGCACCAAUUUAGCGCAGCGUGCAAGGACUCGCCGAGCGGGCGGCUCGGUUUGGGGGCAGCUCAUGGGCCGGUUAAGCGACCCUCAUGGGCCGCUUCCAGCCCAUGGGCCUUAGGUUGCCGACCUGUGGCUUAGAGUGUGGUGCAGAUAUAACGCCAAGGUUGCAGGUUCGGGACAGCUGCGUGUUCCUAUAUUGCAGGGAAGAGAUGAUCCUUCCAACUGUAUGACCGGGGCCUUCUGGUUGAUGUACGGCUGUAACCAGCCGGGGGUGGAUGGGUAGGGGUUAAUUGAGAAAAAUCCUCUUGUGGGAUUCAGCUUCCUGUUGAUUUGGUUGGAGAUGGAUUUUCUGCAAGCCCUGCCAGGAGAAGAAAGGGAAAUGUCAGCUCCUUCUUCACAUUAGGGCACUAAAUGGGCACUUAGCAACGCAGGGUGAGGCCAAAUCACAUGGGCUGACGCAGAGCUUGAUUCAGUAUUUCCUAAACACCCUGCGCCUUUUUUUCUGAAUUAACAUUGGAUGCACACAUUUAAUUCUUAUGCUGAGAAGAGUUUCUUACAUAGGCAUUUUGUGUUCCUCUUUAUUUAGAGCAUACGGAGGCACAAACCACUUCCUCAGAGGAUGUCUGUGUCUUUGUGUCUGCUCAUAAUUAAGCCAAAUUGAGUCUGGUGGAGUUCACUUCCACAUAGGACAUCGGUUUGCAGCCUAAUUUAUUAUUGUGGUUUUCUUAAAAUGAGCAAAUGUCUGUGUUGUGGCUGUAGGCAUCCUGCCCAUGUUUUCUCAAAAGCAAAUUCUACUUGAUGUGAACAGGGGCAAGGCAAAUAAGUGGCCUUGUCUCUAUGUAGGAGAAGAAGCUACAGUUAGAACUGGAUUUGGAACAACUGAUUGGUUCAAAAUUGGGAAAGGAGUACGACAAGGCUGUAUAUUGUCUCCCUGCUUAUUUAACAUAUAUGCAGAAUUCAUCAUGCGAAAGGCUGGGCUGGAUGAAUCCCAAGCCGGAAUUAAGAUUGCCGGAAGAAAUAUCAACAACCUCAGAUAUGCAGAUGACACAACCUUGAUGGCAGAAAGUGAGGAGGAAUUAAAGAACCUUUUAAUGAGGGUGAAAGAGGAGAGUGCAAAAUAUGGUCUGAAGCUCAACAUCAAUAAAACGAAGAUCAUGGCCACUGGGCCCAUCACCUCCUGCCAAAUAGAAGGGGAAGAAAUGGAGGCAGUGAGAGAUUUUACUUUCUUGGGCUCCAUGAUCAUUGCAGAUGGUGACAGCAGUCACGAAAUUAAGAGACGCCUGCUCCUUGGAAGAAAGGCGAUGGCAAACCUAGACAGUAUCUUAAAAAGCAGAGACAUCACCUUGCCAACAAAGGUCCGUAUGGUUAAAGCCAUGGUUUUCCCAGUAGUGAUGUAUGGAGGUGAGAGCUGGACCAUAAAGAAGGCUGAUCGCCGAAGAAUUGAUGCUUUUGAAUUCUGGUGCUGGAGGAGACUCUUGAGAGUCCCAUGGACUGCAAGAAGAUCAAACCUAUCCAUUCUUCAGGAAAUCAGCCCUGAGUGCUCACUGGAAGGACAGAUCCUGAAGCUGAGACUCCAAUGCUUUGGCCACCUCAUGAGAAGAGAAGACUCCCUGGAAAAGACCCUGAUGUUGGGAAAGAUGGAGGGCACAAGGAGAAGGGGACGACAGAGGGCGAGAUGGUUGGACGGUGUUCUCGAAGCUACAAACAUGAGUCUGACCAAACUGCGGGAGGCAGUGGAAAACAGGAGUGCCUGGCGUUCUCUGGUCCAGGGGGUCACGAAGAGUCGGACACGACUAAACAACAGCAACAAAUAUGUUGCCUUCCCCCCUAGUUCCUCAAACAUAACCAAUUUAUUUGAGCCAGACAGCAGGUCAUUAUCGAUGUCAUUAAGGUGGCAAUAGACCCAGGGGGUGGGGGGUAUUCUUUAAGUAUUUAGCCCUCGGAAUUUCAUAUAACUUACAGUACAACUUAGAAUGAACAGUGUCCUCAACUGACUGACAUCCACAGAUAUGGAUUCUCUGGGGAUGUUUUUCUAUCAAACUUCCAGGAAUUUGGUUUUCAUUGUCUGGAACCUCAAGGUUACAAAUGCCAUGCGAAGGGCAAGGGGAAAUAAUCUGAACCAGACAAUGAAAUUCAAUCAAAUAUAUUAAAUAUAGGCCUGGCUUUAUUUCAACUCAUUUUGUGGCACGUGACAAGUUGGCCUCUGUCCCUUCGCUGUAAAACGGAGACUAUAUGACUGAUCUGUCGUGAAGGCAAACGAAAUAAAAGCUUGGAAAAUGCUUAUUGGUUCCUACAUUCAGGGGCUGGGAAGGGAGCCAGGCAGCUAGUCCUCAUUAACUUGAAGAUAAGCUGGCAAUAAACCCUGAAACAAACUAAUGAAACAUAUUGUGUUCCAACUAGAAUGGGAAAUAUGUCAAAUGUUGGGUAGAUUGCUGAUGUGGCCCAUGUUUACCCAGCAGAUCGCCCAUGUUGAAGAUCUGGGUUGGGGUUUUAUCCUGACUAGAUGGAAUCAUAGAAUUGUAAAAUUGGAAGGGAUCUGAGGGUCAUCUAUUCCAACCCCAUGCUGUGAAGGAAUGUCAUUCUGUCAAGAAGUACUAUGUCUUUGCAGACGCUCCAAGGGUCCCUAUUUUCCAGGGAUGCGGGUGGCGCUGUGGGUUAAACCACAGAGUCUAGGACUUGCCGAUCAGAAGGUCGGUGGUUCGAAUCCCUGUGAUGGGGUGAGCUCCUGUUGCUCGGUCCCUGCUCCUGCCAACCUAGCAGUUCGAAAGCACAACAGUGCAAGUAGAUAAAUAGGUACCACUCCGGUGGGAAGGUAAACAGCGUUUCCGUGCGCUGCUCUGGUUCGCCAUGCUGGCCACAAGACCCGGAAGCUGUACGCCGGCUCCCUCGGCCAAUAAAGCGAGAUGAGCACCGCAACCCCAGAGUCGUCCACAACUGGACCUAAUGGUCAGGGGUCCCUGUACCUUUACUAUGUCUUUGCAGACGCUCCAAGGGUCCCUAUUUCCCAGGGACAGUCCUGGAUUUACAGAAGCCGUCCCGGUUUCUGAUUUCAUCCUGGAAUGUCCCACUUUUCCUUAGGACGUCCCUAUUUUCAGCGGAGAAAUGAUGGAGUUAUGUGACCCCCGAACCAAGGAGAUAAGUCACUAUACAACCUUUAGAAGACACCUGAAGGCAGCCCCGUAUAGGGAAGUUUUUAAAAAAAAUGUUUAAUGUUUUAUUAUGUUUAUAUGUGUUGGAAGCCACCCAGAGUGGCUUGGGCAGCACAGUCAGAUGGGCAAGGUAUAAAUAAUAACAUCGUUAUGGAGCAGGAAAUCACUAUUUCCAUCAGAGAAAUGUUGGAGGGAAUGUCUUUGAAUGUCAGUUGCUGAGAAUGGCUAGAGCGUGGGUAGGCAAACUAAGGCCCGGGGGCCGAAUCCGGCCCAAUCGCCUUCUAAAUCCGGCCCAUGGACGGUCCAGGAAUCAGCGUGUUUUUACAUGAGUAGAAUGUGUGCUUUUAUUUAAAAUGCAUCUCUGGGUUAUUUUGGGGGCAUAGGAAUUCGUUCAUUCCCCCCCUCCCCAAAUAUAGCCCGGCCCCCCACAAGGUCUGAGGGACAGUGGACCGGCCCCCUGAUGAAAAAGUUUGCUGACCCCUGCCUCUGGAAGGAGGACUGCUGUUUUCCUCAGGUCCUGGUUUUGUCAUUUGCAUUGGUAAAGGUAAAGGGACCCCUGACCGUUAGGUCCAGUCGUGGCCGACCCUGGGGUUGCGGCGCUCAUCUCGCUUUAUUGGCCGAAAGAGCUGGUGUGCAGCUUCCGGGUCAUGUGGCCAGCAUGAUUAAGCCGCUUCUGGCGAACCAGAGCAGCACACAGAAACGCCGUUUACCUUCCCACCAGAGUGGUACCUAUUUAUCUACUUGUACUUCGUGCUUUCGAACUGCUAGGUUGGCAGGAGCAGGGACUGAGCAACGGGAGCUCACCCCGUCACGGGGAUUCGAACCGCUGACCUUCUGAUCAGCAAGCCCUAGGCUCUGUGGUUUAACCCACAGCGCCACUUGCGUCCCUGUCAUACGCAUAGGAUCUGCCAUUUUGGGAAUAGGAUGCUGGCUCAGGUGGGACUCUGGCCUGAUCCAGCCGGCCACUUCUUAGGUCCUUAUCUUCCCUCUCUCUUCCUCCAGCUCCUUGCACAGGGGGCAGAGAAGGAAGAAUUGCAUUAGCUUCUAGCCUGUGGCUUCCCUUACCCUUUGAACCCAUCCCAGCAACUGGGGUGGAAAAGUUUUUAACUACAGGGAGGAGAUUUUUCUCUCUCCUCCGCCUCCAGCCAUUGCCAAGGGGGAGCGGCAGAUGCCCUUUUCAGAGAUGCCAAGCGCACUGUUUUGUCUCCUGGCCUGCGCGACUGUUUAGUUUUGCCACCCAGGCAGAAUUUAAAUUUAUCCCCUUGGCCGGUGGCCAGGAUCGGCCGGUAGAAAGCCAUGGCAGGAGGGGGAGAUCCAGCAGCAUUGUGUGUGCAUGUGCUUGUCACAUGAGGCACAUCUAUGCACUGGAACUCCACCGGAGAGCGGCUCCGUGCGUGCACCACGUGAAAAAGGGCCGCGUGCGACGGAAACCGGCGUCUUUCCUCCCAGGGGAACAGGCCUUGGCACACCAGGGACAACUGCCUCUUGGCGCCAGGGCUUGUGAGCGCAGCAAGCCUGCUAAAGUCACAAACGGGAAACCUCUAAGUGCAGGAAAACUGUGCCAAAGAACACCAGGUCUAUAAAACCUGCAGUAAUGAAAAGGUAAGUACAUAAGGGACUGUCCGUUUGUUGACCUGUAAUAUACUGUCACAUUCUGGUGUGCUGGAUGCAAGCACAUCCUCACUCUUUUUUUAAAAAAAAAUAAUAAUUAUUUCUAAAAUUACAAACAUCAAAUUCAACAUCCACAUUCAUUUUCUAACAAAAACCUAUUACAUAAUUAACUAAAUUAAAAUAUACCUAACGACUCUAAACUUCUCUUUGCUGUAUACAAAUAUAACACAGUUAGAAAUUUUAUAUUAAAGCUUUUAUAUUAUAAACAAUAUUUCAAAUUCCACUAUACCCCCCCUUCCCCUUCACCCAUGUGUGAUCUCUUUCCCCCCCUUCUUCUUCUUCUUCCGUCUUGUUCUGUUGUUAUAAUUUAAUCAUUGUUCAGCUGAUUCUUUUAUUAUUUCCUUGCUUACCCCUGCACGUUUUACACGCCAUCUAUUAAUAUUCCAGUUCCGAAACCAUAUUUUUUCAUAUAUUCCUUCACUCCCUCCCACUCUUUAAUUAUUCUCUGAUUUGAAUGGCCUCUAAUAGUUGCCGUCAUCUUUGCCAUUUCCACAAACUCACAGAGUUUACUUUGCCAUUCUAGUAAUGAUGGUGUUUUCUCCCCCUUCCAGUUCUUUGCGAUCAGUAUUCUGGCCACUGCUGUUGCGUAAAGGAAUACAUUUUUCUUAUCUCUGUCAUUUGAUAUUAUGCCUAACAAAAAAGCCUCUGGCUUUUUGGCAAACGAAAUCUUGAAUAAUUUUUUCAGAUCCUCAUAUACCUCGUUCCAAAAUGUCCUUACAAUUUUGCAUCCCCACCAUCACAUCCUCACUCUUAAGGGUCACAGGCCAAAAAGAAAAGAAAAAAAGAAAAGAGGCCAUCCUGGAAAAUGAUGCGUUGCAGGGGGUUGGUCUAGAUGACCGCUGGGGAUCCCUUCCGACUCUGCAAAUCUAUAAUUCUAUGGUUCUAAGAAGCAGAGACCUUGCAAAGAUACUGCACUACUGUGAUGAAAACAGCAGUUUCUGGGCCAUUGCACAGAAUGAGCCAGGAAGGAAAUGGCUAAAAUCUUUUAGAAGGGACCCAUCUUUCACAUCAUGGAGCGUUUAUGGCUAGGUUUACCAUGCCCAGAAGGAAGAGGUGUAGGAAGGGAUUGUACUGCUUCAUGCUACUGCUUUCAAAUGCUUCUCCAUUUUUUAUUUUUUAUUUAACUCCUUGCAAGCUGAGAACUAGCAGAUCAGGAAAAAGGGUUCUCAGUCCUUUUGACAGCUGUGUGCUGUGGUUCGUUGUUGUUUUUUUAAUUGACCGUACACUAUUAACGUAGAGCAGGGGUGGCUAAAAUUUUGCGACCCGAAGGCCGUUUGCAUCAUUUGCCAACCCCUCCGGGGCCGCACGCCAGCCGUGGAUACGGCCACAGCGCUCAGAUCAGCAGAGAAGUUUUAAUUUCACUCUCCGCCUCUCCCUGUAUGAACCCUGCACUCAUCACCCAAGGGCCUUCCUUGUGUGCCUCCUCCACGGGAGGUCCAGAGGGUGGCAACACAAGAACGGGGCCUUUUCUGCGGUGGCUCCCUGUUUGUGGGAUGCUGUUGCCAGGGUGGCUGGCCUGGCUCCUUCAUUCCAUAUCUUUAGGCGCCAGGGAAAAUCUUUCCUCUUCAACCACACUUUGGGCUGAUUAAACAAUCUAUGGAUUAUUAAAUGUGUCCAGGCCCCCCGCGGUUAUAAAUAAUAAUUUAAAUUAUAAAUAAUGCUCCAAGACAGGAUUUUCUGCCACCUGAAAUUUUCAAGACUGCUGUAAUACUAAGUGGGAGGAAAUUUAGCAUUAUAGUCCAUAUAUAUAUAUAUAUAUAUAUAUAUAUAUAAAAGGAAGACAAUUUGCUGAAUCCUAACAGUCCUUUUUUUGGGGGGGGGGGAUAAUGGUGGAGAAAAUCACGACAAAGUUUGUUUGUUUGUUGAUUGUGAGGCCAGUCGCGGUACCACCCCCACCCCGGGGCAGUCAAUAAACUUGAAUAAACUCAAGCAGUCAAUGAUCUGGUUUGCAAAUGGCCACAACUUUAUUGAUUUAUUGAUACAGGUGGAUUUUUGGCUCAAGGAUUGGGUUUAUAUCCGUUCCAGCCCCCGCCUCCAGAGAAAAAUAGUAAUUAUUUAAUUUUAAAAAGGUAAGGGAACUCAGUUCCCCGGAGUUUUUGCUCCCUACAAAAGUCCUGCUAAAAACCACAGACUCAUCAGCUUGACUGAUAUAUCUCCUGCAAAGAUUGGAGGGUCAUUAUCGUAUACCGGUGGUAGUAGUAGACCAGGCAGGUUUCAAGGAAGGGAAUUUCCUUUGGUAAUUGCUUCUCGCUCAGCCAUUUGAUAAUGGGAAACCACAGCAGAACCUGCACAGCUUUUUACCGCUUUUAUUGACUUAAUUGCUGCUUUUGCUUCCAUAAAUAGAAGUCAUCCCUGGGAUAAAUUAUUAAACGCCAAUAUUGAUUCGAGACUUCAAUUUUUAAGUAGUGUGUUUCAACACAAAUGCGUCUGAAGGUUCGAACAGGCUCUUGCAAGUGGGUAGGCAAACUAAGGCCAGGGGCCGGAUCCGGCCCAAUCGCCUUCCAAAUUCGGCCCGCAGACAGUCCGGGAAUCAGCGUGUUUUUACAUGAGUAGAAUGUGUGCUUUUAUUUAAAAUGCAUCUUUGGGUUAUUUGUGGGGCUUGGGAAUGCAUUCAUUAUUUUUUCCAACAACAAAUAACAACAACAACAACAACAACAACAAUAAUAAUAUUUUUUAUUUAUACCCCACCCUUCCCAGUUCAGAAAACCAGGCUCAGGGCAGCUAAAAACAAAUUUAAAACACUUAAUUGUAAUACAACAUAGAAGCAACAUAAAAUACAGUAUAAAAGCAUGAAUGACAAUAAAAUUCAAAGUUCAAAAAUCAAUUUGGGGGAAAUCCAUCCAAUAAACAUUAGAUAGUCACCAGGGCUAGCUGGCUGAAUUAGUCCUACUUGGGCCAGCGAGGAGACCAGGGGAGAAUUAGCUGUGGGGUCCCAGAGUGGGUAAUCUUCAUAAAAGGGGAGGGGGAGGGAAGAGAAGGGAAAUAAAAGAUCAGGCUGAAUUCAGAAUAAAGGCCAGGCGGAAUAGCUCUGUCUUACAUGCCCGGCGAAAGGAGGUUAAAUCCUGUAGGGCCCUAGUCUCAUGGGACAGAGCAUUCUACCAGGUCAGGGGCCAUCACUGAAAAGGCCCUGGCCCUGGUGGAGGAUAGUCUGACUUCCUUAGGGCCUGGGACAUCUAAGCUAUGGUUCUUCAUGGACCUUAAGUCACUUACCCUAUUAAUUCCAGUGGGUUUACUCUGAGUAGACCUUAGUUGGCUACAAACCCGUACUGUAGCUCCAUUUUAACUUUUAUAUCAGCGAUAUAGUUUUGCAUAAUCAGAACUUUCAUAUGCCUAAGAUUCUGGGCUGGCCUCUAAACAUUUAUGCCAGUGGUACGAUUUUAUUCUUGCUAUCGCAAGCUGGCACUAGAGGAUUACAGAGACCGUUCUGUGCUGUCCUGGCAGAAAACGACCGAGCUAUUAAGAGUGCUAAAUCCCGUGCCACUACUGCGGCCCGUGUUUUGUUAGCCCCAGAAUGGAAAACGAGCGAAGUCUCAACUAAAGAAGAAUGGCAACUUAAGCUGGCAGAAAAUGCGCAGCUUGCAGACUUAACAUAUAGAAUAAGAGAACAAGAAGAACAUACAUUUAGAGAAGACUGGAAAACGUUUAUUGAAUAUAUGGUGGGAAAUUGUGUACGCUUGAAAACGCUGGCAGCAUUAAGAUAAAUUCAACAGUGUAGAUGAGUUUUGAUGGAUGUACAGUAAUAAUGGAAUACUGAAUGGUUUAGUUUUUGUAAAAUAUGCAGGGAUUUAUGAUAUGCAAAAUGAACCGUGGAAAGAGAAGAAGGGAAGUCAUUGAUACUUUAAGGAUGUUUAAAUGAGUAUUCUAAAUUGUAAAACAGAAUAUAUAUACUGUGUGAGUGUCUGGAAGCGGUUGGAGGAUGGGUGGCGGCUAACAGAUUGAGGUUGAAUCCUGACAAGACAGAAGUACUAUUUUGGGGGGACAGGAGGCGGGUGGGUGUGGAGGACUCCCUGGUCCUGAAUAGGGUAACUGUGCCCCUGAAGGACCAGGUGCGCAGCCUGGGAGUCAUUCUGGACUCACAGCUGUCCAUGGAGGCGCAGGUCAGUUCUGUUUCCAGGGCAACUGUUUAUCAGCUCCAUCUGGUGCGCAGGAUGAGACCCUACCUGCCCGCAGACUGUCUCACCAGGGUGGUGCAUGCUCUGGUUAUCUCCCACUUAGACUUCAACGCACUCUACGUGGGGCUACCUUUGAAGGUGACCUGGAAACUACAACUAAUGCAGAAUGCGGCAGCUAGACUGGUGACUGGGAGCGGCCUCCGAAACCACAUAACACCGGUCUUGAAAGACCUAUACUGGCUCCCAGUACGUUUCCGAGCACAAUUCAAAGUGUUGGUGCUGACCUUUAAAGCCCUAAGCGGCCUCGGCCCAGUAUACCUGAAGGAGUGUCUCCACCCCCAUAGUUCUACCCGGACACUGAGGUCCAGCGCCAAGGGCCUUCUGGCGGUUCCCUCACUGCGAGAAGCAAAGCUACAUAGAACCAGGCAGAGGGCCUUUUUGGUAGUGGCACCCGCCCUGUGGAACGCCCUCCCACCAGAUGUCAAAGAGAACAACAACUACCAGACUUUUAAAUGACAUCUGAAGGCAGCCCUGUUUAGGGAAGCUUUUAAUGUUUAACAGACUACUGUAUUUUAAUACUGUGUUGCAAGCUGCCCAGAGUGGCUGGGGAAACCCAGCCAGAUGGGCGGGGUAUAAAUAAUAAAUUAUUUUAUAUUAUAUAGAGAGAGAGAGAGAGAGAGAGAGAGAGCGCGCGCUAAAUCCAAAGAGGUGGAUUUUGGAAAGAGAAAAACGUUUUACAGAUGGUGCGAGUACUAUGAAUGGGAUAAUGUUUGCCAUCUUUAAUUAUUAUUAAUAAUGAUUUUUAUUUUCCACCCCGUUCCUCAGCCCUUCCGAGCCUCACUUUCCCCUCUGCUCUUGCUUUCCAGGAAGGAGAUGAAACUUUCGCGGUGCAUCACCGUGGCUACUGCUUUGCUGAGUCUGGUGGCCCUCAAAGCCUACAUUGAGUGGACUGUGGAGGAGGCUGAGAGGGUGCCGACCCCUCACGGAGGGCACGGCGUCCCGAUCACGGCCCAGCCCUCCAAGGAGGACUUGCCGGCCUUCACCCUGCAGCGCUUCAACGCCUCCUUGCAUCAGCUGCGCCAGAGUAUCCCUCGGACCAACGCCUACUGGAACGAGAAGCAGCACCAGAUCUUCCAGGACUUAGACGACGGGCUGGUGAACACUUCAUGGAACGACUGUUCCGCUGGGCCCGAGGCAGCAAGCCGGGUGGCCAAAAUCAGCGACUUCAGCUCCUAUCCAGAACUUUACAGGAACUUCCUCCUCUACGACGAAUGCCGGAACUUCUCUCUCUUGAUCAACCAAGCGGGCAAGUGUUCCGGCACCAAGAACCGCACUUUCCUGCUCUUGGCUAUCAAAUCUCUGCCGGGGAAUUUUGCCGCCCGCCAGGCCGUGCGGGACACGUGGGGGCGCGAGGGCGAGCCCGGAGGGUUGCCUGUCCGCACGGUCUUCUUGCUGGGCACGGCCCAGGGCCGCUUGGGGCCUCGGCUCCAGAAUCUGGUGGAGUACGAGAGCCGGAGCUACGGCGACAUCUUGAUGUGGGACUUUGAGGACACCUUCUUCAACCUGACCCUGAAGGACUUCCUCUUCCUCAGCUGGACCGCGGAGUACUGCCGGGACGUGCGCUACGUCCUCAAGGGGGACGACGACGUGUUCAUCAACACGCCCAAGGUCUUGGAGUACCUGGGGUCUCUAGACGCCAACAAGAUGCUCUACACGGGACAAGUGAUGGCCAACGCUUCGCCGUUUCGCGUCCGCCGGAGCAAAUACUACGUCCCUGAGUCGUAUUACGUGGGGCCUUACCCGUCCUACGCGGGGGGCGGGGGGUAUAUCUUCUCGGGUCCGCUAGCCCGCUGGCUCCACCUCAUCUCCCGACACAUCGCGUUCUACCCCAUUGACGACGUUUAUACGGGCCUUUGCUUUCAAGCCCUGGGCAUCCUCCCUGAGGCGCACCCGGGCUUCCUGACCUUUGACAUCGCGGAAAAGGACCGCAGCGAUCCUUGCGUUCACAGCAGGCUGCUGCUGGUCCACCGCCGCAGCCCCCAACAGACCUUCCAGCUGUGGAAGCAGAUCACAGACCCGAACCUCAGCUGCUGAACGAUGGGAGUCAGGAACAAUGGGUUCGAGACGCUUCCUGCCGAGCGCUGAAGGCGGACGGAGGCAGAUGUGGCGCAGCCCUCUGUGUCUUUGUUGGACAUGAGGACCUCCGGUGUGCAGUUGAGGGAGGGAACGGCCUCCUUGAAAAGUCUGUGUGCGGAGAAAGGGCAGUUCCGAGUGGCGGCGCCACUCCACUGCCUUCGUAUUCUGCUUGGGCGCUUCCUAGAGGCAGGGGCCAGAUACGAAUACUGGGUCAGAGAGGCACCUCUCCUUCGGUUUCUGUUUUAUGUCUGCUCUGGGGUGGCAGCAUGGAGAGGGGAGAGGUUGGCCGGUGGCGCAGCGGGCAGCCCGGUAGAAAGCAGAGGACCAGAGGGGCGUUUUUCUGAGGAGUGGUUCGGAAAGGGUGGUAUUACAGUGGCAGAGGACACGUCUGGCUGCGUCAAGGCCCACCUUCAAUCUCUUUGACCGGGGGUGGGGGUGGGGGUGGGGCCCUUUACUGCCAAAGGUCCGCAUUCUCUUCCGUGCCAUCUUCUGAGGGGCAGCAUGCUGGCAGUAGGCGUGGCCAGAGGUACAAGUGGGUGGAGCAAUGGGUGUAAAUUUGGCCUUUGUACAGGAGGCAAGUUUCUAUACCAACAGACACCACCUAUCCUCCUCCUGGACAAGCAAAAGGUGUGAUCGGAGUUCAAGGAGACAUUUGUGGAAUCAUGGGAGAGUUGGAAGGGACCCCGAGGGUCAUCUAGUCCAACCCCCUGCAAUGCAGGAAUCUCAACAAGGCAUCCAUGACAGGUGGCCAUCCAUCUUCUGCUUAAAAGUCUCCAAGGAAGAAGGGUCCACCGUCUUCCAAGGGAGACGGUUGCACUGUUGGAACAGCUGUUUGGGGUAUUAAAAAAAGCCAAAGUGGGGUAUGGCUUGGAGACAGGGGGUAUGACCAAAGGAGAGUUCUUCCUGGUGUUUAGUCGGAAUCUCCUUUCUUGUAACUUUAAUAAUAAUAAUAAUAAUAAUAAUAAUAAUAAUAAUAAUUUAUUUGUACCCCGCCUAUCUGGCUGGGCUUCCCCACUCUGGGUGGCUUCCAACAAAGAUUAAAAAUACAUUAAAAUGUCACACAUUAAAAACUUCCCUGAACAGGGCUGCCUUCAGAUGUCUUCUAAAUGUCAGGUAGUUGUUUAUCUCUUUGACAUCUGAUGGGAGGGCGUUCCAUAGGGCGGGCGCCACUACCGAGAAGGCCCUCUGCCUGGUUCCCUGUAACUUCGCUUCUCGCAGUGAGGGAACUGCCAGAAGGCCCUUGGUGCUGGACCUCAGUGUCCGGGUAGAAUGAUGGGGGUGGAGAUGCUCCUUCAGGUAUACUGGACCGAGGCCGUUUAGGGCUUUAAAGGUCAACACCAACACUUUGAAUUGUGCUUGGAAAUGUACUGGGAGCUAAUGUAGGUCCUUUCAGGACCAGUGUUAUGUGGUCUCGGCCGCCACCCCCCCGUCACCACUCUAGCUGCCACAUUCUGAAUUGCAGUUUCCGGGUCACCUUCAAAGGUAGCCCCACAUAGAGUGCAUUGCAGUAGUCCAAGCGGGAGAUAACUAGAGCAUGCACCACUCUGGCGAGACAGUCCCCAGGCAGGUAGGGUUUCAGCCUGCAUACCAGAUGGAGCUGGCAGACAGCUGCCCUGGACACAGAAUUGACCUGUGCCUCCAUGGACAGCUGUGUGAAGCCAUGUUCAGGUCCUACCCUCCAGAGCAGGAGAAAAGAAGCUUGCUCCACCUUCUGUGUGGCAGCCCUUGAGAUAUUUGAAGGUGGCUUUCAUAUCUCCUCUCAGUCUCCUCCUAUCCAGGCUAAACAUACUCAGCUCCCUCAUCCGUUCUUCAUAAGGCUUGGUUUCCAAGCCCUUGAUCAUUUUGGUCGCCCUCCUCUGCACACGUUCCAGCUUGUCCACAUCCUUCUUGAACUGUGGCGCCCAGAACUGGACACAGUAUCCCAGGGGUGGUCUGACCAAGGCAGAAUACAGUGGUACUAUGAGUUCCCUUGAUCAAAACACUAGACUUCCGUUGAUGCAGCCUAGAAUAGCAUUAGUAUUUUUAUUUAUUUAUUUGCUGCUGCGUCACAUUGUUGACUCACGUUAAACUUGUGGUCCACUAACACCCCAGUAUCCUUUUUCACACAUACUGUUAGUAAACCAGGUGUCCCCCACCAUCUUAUAUUUGUUCAUCUGGUUCUUCCUGCCUGAAGUGCAGAACUUUACAUUUGUCCGUAUUGAAAUUAAUUUCGUUAGUUUUGGCCCAGUCCUCCAAUCUGUUAAGGCCAUCUUAGUGCGUGGGGAACAAAUAUCCAAGCUGCCAUUGCCUUUAGAAAGAAACAAACCUAAACAUGCAGAGGAGGGAUGUGAAAAUAAGGAGGGUACCUCGUACCUACGGGACCGCCUCUCCUGGUAUGCCCCACAGAGGAACUUACGGUCUUCAAAUAAAAACAUCUUGAAGGUCCCAGGCCACAGAGAGGUUAGGCUAGCCUCAACCAGAGCCAGGGCUUUUUUGGCUGUGGCUCCGAUCUGGUGGAACGCUCUGUCACAAGAGACAAGGGCCCUGCAGGACUUGACAUCUUUCCGCAGGGCCUGCAAGACAGAGCUGUUCCACCAGGCCUUUGGUCAGGGCGCAGCCUGACUCCCUCCUUUGGCAAUCUUUACAAAACUUUAGUUUAUGGUUGCCAUCAAUUUUGAUUUUAAUUAAUUUUUAUAAUGUUGCACUAUUUUAGUGUUGUUAGCCGCCCUGAGCCCGGCUUCGGCUGGGAAGGGCGGGAUAUAAAUAAAAUUUAUUAUUAUUAUUAUUAUUAUUACUGCAACAGCUCAAUGUUAGGGAAUGAUAAAUUUUCAGAUUUGGAAAGGCAAACAACUCUGACUCUUUCAGAUCACCCAGGUUAAAAAACAUUUGGAGGAUCAACCCCUGCUAAAAACAUUUUUCUGGUGUGAAGGUCUGCAGCCCUACCAGGGAUGUCGCACUGAUAGAUUUCCUGCAAUGGCAAGUGGGUUGGACUAGAUGGCCUUUGGGUACUUACCAGUACAUUUUAGGUGCUUGUCAAAUUUGCUUUCAAUCAAACUCUUUGAUCACACAGUGGGAUUCUAUACAGCUCUUGUACCAGAGCUGGCUCAGCUAAUCAGAAAUAUUAAAAAUCCAACACGCAACUUGAAUGCCGUUUUCUCCCUGCUGAAGCAAGGAGGGAUGCAGACAUGCACAACCACUCGGGAUCCUAAGGCUGCCUUCUUUUUGUCCUGGCCUUUAGCAGGUUAGUACUUGGACAUGUUGAAAAGAAGCGGGUGCAGCUUUUACGACAUUUGCUGCAGAAAGACUUAAGUCAGGGGUCAGCAAACUUUUUCAGCAGGGGCCGGUCCACUGUCCCUCAGACCUUGUGGGGGGCCGGACUAUAUUUUGGGGAGGGAAAUGAUUGAAUUCCUAUGCCCCACAAAUUACCCAGAGAUGCAUUUUAAAUAAAAAGGACGCAUUCUACUCAUGUAAAAACACGUUGAUUCCCGGACCCUCUGCGGGCCGGAUUUAGUAGGCAAUUGGGCCAGAUCCGGCCCCCGGGUCUUAGUUUGCCUACCCAUGACUUAAGUGGUGCAUAAACCUCUGCCUGGUUCACACCUGUCAGGCUGCUUUUAAAGGCUCAGGAGAUGGGUCAGGUAAGAGUGGUACUGAGUCUGGGUUGGACUCUCGUUCUGCACCUUCAUCACCCCAAUGCCGGAUCUGGGUACAGGCUGGGCAGAUCCUGCUGAAGAGUUCUGUAUUAUCUGACGUGUUUACCCACCGCAAGCAUUUCCCCCCUAAGGUCUGUGGCUUGAUCUCCAAGGCACUCCGAGAACCUGGGUGAAGAAAGGAGCCCAGCAAACUUGUCUGUGCUAUUGGCCUCCUAGUGUUUAAAUACACCUUAAGGAAAAGUGUCCACCUUCAUCAAUGGCAAAAAAGAGGUGUUCUAUGAAAUCACAGGCUAUUAGUGGCUGCCUUUUGGCUGCAUCUUACACAGAAAUUUGAGGAAGGUUCAGAUGUUUCCAUGUGAUCUAUUUAAAGAGCAGGGAAGACUAUUUCUCCCACGCUGCAAUGAUGUACAGAUAUCAUAAUAAAAUAUUCCUCAGGUG